AUGGCGAAAGCAUAUCGAACCAGUGAUUUUGUUGAAGUUUGUAGCAAUGAUGAAGGUUUCUUGGGUUCCUACUUCGCCGCGAAGGAGAACACCAUGAGUUUUAGUUCCGAGGGCUCAGGUGGAAAAGGAAAAAAUAAAGAUGAUUCAAAGUUAGCAUGGAAGGUUUGGGAGGAAAAGAAUGAGACAUGGGUUGAUGAAAACGAAAGAGAAGAUACUGAUAUGGAACAUCUGAACGAAGAAGUAGAAGCGAAUGACAUUGCCGAGCCACUCCAAGACUGGCCGAUGGUUUUGUAUACUUACCAGAAGAAAUGGAUUUCGUGGGCCUUGAAACAAGAGGAAUCAGAAAUCAGAGGAGGAAUCCUGGCAGAUGAGAAGGGAAUGGGAAACACAUUCCAGGCCAUUGCAUUUGUUCUGUUCAAACAACAGAAUCGCACGAUACCGCAGUCAACUUGUAGCCACACGGAUCCAUCUGCUUCUACAAGUACAGUGUUGCCUGAAAUUAAAUGCACACUAAUUGUUUGUUCUGUUCUUGAUAUCAUGCGGUGGGUGAGUGAGAUUGGUCGGUUCACACCCACAGCGCACCCCAGCAUUUUGGUGUUUUACGGGGCCAAUGGAAAGAAGAGUUCAAAGGAGCUCUCUGAGUACGAUUUUGUCCUAACCACAUAUUUCACUAUUGAGACCGAAUUCAAUGUGAUGACCCAUGAUCGCUCAAGGAAUUCUGUGCUGCACUCUGUCAAGUGGGAACGCCUUAUUCUAGAUGAAGCUCAUUAUCUGAAAGAUACAAGCAGUAGUACUGCUAAGGCUGUUCUUGCCUUGGAAUCUUCAUAUAAAUGGGCUUUGACUGACACACAACUUCUGAUUUGUUUUCGAGAACUUUUUCCACUUGUCCGGUUUCUACAGAUAAGUCCUUACUCAUAUCGCUUCUGUAGAGAUUGUGAUUGUAAAUCACUUGAUUACAGUUCUACAUCAGAGUGUCAGAAUUGUGUUCAUAAAUCUACGAGGCAUUUCUUUUGGUGGAAUAGAUCUAUCCUUAAACCAAUACAAACAUCAGGAGAUGUUGAGGGAGGCAGAAGACGAACCAGAGCCAUAAUACUACUAAAACAUAGAAUCUUGAAAAGCAUAAUGCUAAGGCGCACAGAGAAAGGUCAGGCUGCCGAUCUAAUCCGUCCUCCGAAAAUUUUUUGCUUGAGGCGGGUUUCUGCUAACAGUAAAGAAGAAGAUUACUACAACACAGAGUAUAAUUCACUUCUGUUGAAGGCUCAUAGGUCACCUGUUGUCAACACUUCUUCUGUGAGAAUAAGGGUGAUGGGGUUUAAACGUUUAUCUGAUUCAAGUAUUCAGAUGUGUAUUGAAGAUUUUCAGAAUAGCACAAAAAUUGAAGCUUUGAAACGCGAAAUCGUUAAAAUGCUUGAAAAUGAUCGCACUGCAAAAGGGAUUGUUUUCAGCCAGUAUGAAUCAUUUCUGAAUUUGAUAAGCAUCUCUCUCCAACAGUCUGGAAUUUCUUGCAUUCAUUUUGUGGGCUACCAGAAAAGGAAUGAAAUAGAUUCCGCAGCGAUGAGAUUUAUUGAGGAUCCAGAAUGCAAGAUUUGGCUAAUGAGCUUAAAAGCAGCGUGUGUUACCCCCAAUUUGACAGCAGCAUCAUAUGUUUUCUUAAUGGAUCCCUGGUGGAAUCCAGCUGUUGAGCGGCUGGUCCAAGAUCUAAUCGACCAACUUAGACAGUAUAAACCAAUCAGAAUCAUACGUUUGAUCAUAAAAGAUACAAUUGAAGAGAGGAUUCUGCAGCUGCUUGAGAAGAAGGAACCGAUGUUUAAAGAGACUAUAGGUGGUUCUUCUCAGGCUUGUGGAAUACUAACUGAUCCUGACUUGAGAUUUUUGCUCAAUAUAUAA